AUGUGGCUCCUCCUCCGACGGGCAUUUCCCCUCCGGAUCUUGCUGCCUCUGCGUGGGGAGUGGAUGGGUCGGAGGGGCCUUCCCCGAGGCCUGGCUCCAGGCCCUCCCCGUAGAAGGUACAGAAAGGAAGCCCUCCCGGCCUUAGAGGUACCAGUGUCGCCUGUGACUACAACUGAGAUCCGCCAGUAUUUACGAGCGCACGGGAUCCCCUUCCACGAUGGCCACAGCUGCCUUCGAGCACCAAGCCCCUUUGUGGGGUCCACAGACAUCAAAGAUCAGAAGAAAGAUGCUACCACUUCCUUCCGCCUCUUCAUUGACAAGACCACAGGACGCUUUCUCUGCACGAGCAGCCUAGCAGAGGGGAGCUGGGAAGACUUCCAGGCCUGUGUGGAGGGACGAGGGGAUGGGACCCGAGAAGGAGCCCUACUUAGUGAGGGCCCAGAGGCUGAGGACAGGGAGGAGGUCCUGAGAAUAUGGAACCGAGCCAUACCUCUUUGGGAACUGCCUGACCCUGAGGAAGCCCAGCUGGCUCGUGUCAUGUUUGGCCUUACCAAGGUGACUGAUGACACACUCAAAAAGUUCAGUGUCCGGUACCUUCGCUCUGCUCGAAGUCUGGUCUUCCCUUGGUUCAUGCCUGGGAGCUCAGGAUUACGUGGCCUGAAGCUACUAGGGGCUGAAGGUGAGGAGAAUGGAGUUAAGUACGUGGAGACCACCAUUCCCCGGCCUGGUGCCUAUCACAACCUAUUUGGUUUACCACUGAUCGGCCGUAGAGAUGCUGAAGUGGUCCUGACAAGUCGUGAGCUGGACAGCCUGGCCUUGAGUCAGGCCACGGGGCUGCCCACCCUCUCCCUACCCCGAGGGACUGUCUGCUUACCCCCAGCCUUACUCCCUUACCUUGAACAGUUCCGCCGGAUUGUCUUCUGGCUGGGGGAUGACCUUCGAUCCUGGGAAGCUGCCAAACUGUUUGCCCGAAAACUCAACCCCAAGCGGUGCUCUUUGGUGAGGCCUGGGAACCAGCAACCUCAUCCCCUGGAGGCUUUAAACCAAGGCUUAAGUCUUCCCCGUAUUCUUCGUACUGCCCUCCCUGCCUGGCACAAGUCUAUCGUGUCUUUCCGCCAGCUCCGUGAGGAGGUUUUAGGGGAACUAUCAAAUGUGGAGCAAGCAGCUGGUGUCCGCUGGGGCCGCUUUCCAGACCUCAAUCGUCUACUGAAAGGGCAUCGGAAGGGCGAGCUGACGGUCUUUACAGGGCCAACAGGCAGUGGAAAGACAACAUUCAUCAGUGAGUAUGCCCUGGAUUUGUGUACCCAAGGAGUGAACACACUGUGGGGCAGCUUUGAGAUCAGCAAUGUGAGACUAGCCCAGGUCAUGCUGACUCAGUUUGCUGUGACACGUCUGGAAGACCAGUUGGAUAAGUAUGAUGAGUGGGCAGACCGCUUUGAGGACUUGCCUCUCUAUUUCAUGACUUUCCAUGGGCAGCAGAACAUCAGGUCUGUAAUAGACACAAUGCAACAUGCUGUCUAUGUCUAUGAUGUUUGUCACAUAGUCAUUGACAACCUGCAGUUCAUGAUGGGUCAUGAGCAGCUCUCUACAGACAGGAUUGCAGCUCAAGACUACAUUGUUGGAGCCUUUCGGAAGUUUGCUACCGAUAACAGCUGCCACGUGACUCUGGUUAUCCACCCACGGAAAGAGGAUGAUGACAAGGAACUGCAGACAGCAUCCAUUUUUGGCUCAGCCAAAGCAAGCCAAGAAGCAGACAAUGUUCUGAUCCUGCAGGAUAGGAAGCUGGUGACUGGGCCAGGGAAGCGCUAUCUCCAAGUGUCCAAGAAUCGCUUUGAUGGAGAUGUAGGUGUCUUCCCACUUGAGUUCAACAAGAGUUCUCUUACCUUCUCCAUCCCACCCAAGAGCAAAGCCCGGCUCAAGAAGAUCAAGGAUGACAAUGGACUAGUGGCUAAAAAGUCCUCUUCUGCCAAAAAAGGGGCUGUGCACCAGAACUCUGAGGCUGACUUAGGCCAGGACCCGAGCCCCUCUCAGUCUUGAAGGUGAAAACUGAAUCGCUGCUUGCUAAAAUGAGUCUGAUGGACCAGGCUACCACACAGACUCUUGGCCUUCUGCUAGGGCUCUUGCAUAUAGUCCUGAGCCAUGGAACCUUCCCAGCCUAGGGCUGCACUCCAUGGUGAAAAACUUUAAUUAUGGAGUAAUUAGGCAUUGAGCAGAGUGCAUGAGGACUGGAAGUGGCCUUGUGAACCUCUGGAGAAAGGGGUCCAAGCGGAGAAACAUACUCAAACCUCAGGUCAGAUAAUGAAGGCAGGCCCUGAACAGGAGGCUCCUGCUGAAACACCAGCAUUUUGGCAUUCAGAGCCGAAGAAUGAUACAGGGGGCACCAAGCCUCUCUGCCGUGUAGAGCCAGGCAUAAAGUACUUGCUAGACCUGAUUCCAAGUGUUUUUCCUGUACUAUCAGGGCCUCAGAGAUGGGAGCGCCCUUCCACUGGAUUGCAUGGACACAGAACCAUGGAAAGAAGCUGUGAGCACACAGUGCUUGCCCCCUGGAUACUGAUUCUACUGUAUGCUGCCUCUGACAGCUGGAGCUAGGACUCUUUGUAGAGCCAUUUCCAGUUUGAAUGAAACAUUUCUAUUGCCUUUG